AUGCUGGGUGCAACGUCUCUUGGUUCCUCUACCAAUCGUAUGGCGUGCAAAGGCUUUCGAGACGAACUGUUACCUUUAAUAGGCGCCAUAAUAGGUGCGAAGAAAUUUGAAGAAAAUUACAAAUUUUGCAUAAAUACGUCCGCAUCUUUGUUAAAGGAUGAAGAAAAGUCUAGAGAAGAGAAAUCUGACAUAUGCGAGAUAGUUGUUACCACUUUAACAAUUGAUGAAAAGGAGAAUUUUUCCAAUACCGUGUGUAAGGCUCAUGGCGCCUCGGCAUACUCUAACGAUUUAUAUUACUAUUUGAAAUUUAACAAUGGUGAUAUGAAGGGUCGCGGCACUCAUCAUGAUAUAUGUAACAGUAUUAACAGUUUACUAUUGGCUUGGAUACCUUAUCAUUUAGUCGAACAAUUCUACGCUCAGGAAUUGGAUCCAAAAGAGUCGUAUAUUAAUUAUAUCGCCAAAGGCACGGAUAAAGAGCAAAACAAAUCUGAGUUAUGCCAUUUUAGGCAUUCGGAUAUUGUCAAUCAUAUAUCAUCGAACCUCUUCACUUGUGUUGUUAUGGUUCAUGAGGAUAAUUUCUAUGACUUGGGUGACGAUAUUAAUGUAUUAAUCGAAAUACAACCAUUAAGUUAUGAGCUGCGUAAUGUUAGCUUCUCUUCUUGGAUUAAUUCGACAGAGAGUUAUAAAACAUUGCUGGGUAAAACGACAUUGAAAAACUAUAGUCGCGAUCGUAAAUACAUCUAUGGAAGUUUGAAUUAUACGUAUGAGGAGAAGUUGGAAUUAAAUUUGAGUACUAUUUAUGGCGAUGAUAUGUUGGAGCUGCCUUUAUUUUUUGAACACAAAAAUGUCAUGUUGGAAUUGGACGAGCUGGGUGCGAGUGGCAUCGAUGUUAAGGAGAAAGCCUUUUUUGGUCGUAAAGCGGAACCCAGAAGUAACAAUGAUGUUAAUGUGAUUGGCCAGUGGUCGGAAAAUCAUCGAAAAUUUAAAGCUGACAUCUAUGAAUAUUAUGGUUCAGGCAUUAGGCGUUUCAAAAAAGAGCUAAACGAUGGUGACAUUACUUUUACCCGUAUUGAAAAUGCGGAACCAGUUUUUGAAAUGCCUACCGAAAACGACUUGGUGGAGUCAAGCGCUUUUAACCAGAAAGGAAAGCUAAUGGAACGUAUAAUAGCUGAAGAAGAUACUUUUAAAAAGGAAAACACAUCCUCAAUGGAGUACGACAGUAAUGACGGUGGGGACGAAUUACCUGCUUGGGUUGUUGAUGACGAAAUAACCGAUAGGGAAGAUUACGAUGACGAAUCUUAUUCAGACUUAUAUCCUUGGUUCGUAUUGGGAGUAUUAGUAGUGGCUGGCGUCAUUUUAGCCCUAAUUAUAGGGAUAGUGCAUGUAUGCACCAAAAAAGAACCACGACAAAAAUAUAAAUUCACCGGCAUGAAGACUCGUAAAUACACGCUAAACUGAUUAAAAAAACUAUAGCAAAAAAUGGCUAUUCUUUCAUUUGCCAUCGAUGUACAAGAAUGCAUUCAAUUUAUGCCAAUGUAUCGGGUCAA